AGAGAGACGCUCCAGAGGCGAGAAGCAGCCGCAGCAGCAGCAGAAGCAGCGAGUAAAGGCAGCGACACAAAGCACUUGGACGUUACGCACAGAGUCCCGCUGCCUCCACGACCCGCAGACCAGCAGACCAGGGCCGGUGCGCGGUGAACGGACUCCGUACAGUUUAUCAGAGGAAGCGGGGAAACUUUGGAGCGAUGCAGUCGGUGUUCCAGCACCUGAUCAGCCUGCUGUUCGUCUUCAGCAGCCUGCAGGUCCACCAGCUGACGGAGGGCUGUUCGUGCGCUCUGACGCACCCGCAGGACGCAUUCUGCAACUCCGACAUAGUGAUUCGGGCUAAAGUUGUGGGCAAGAAGCUGCUGAGAGACGGACCGUUUGGGACGAUGCGCUAUACAGUGAAGCAGAUGAAGAUGUACAAAGGAUUCGACAAAGUCCAGCAUGUGCAGCACAUUUACACAGACGCCUCUGAGAGUUUGUGUGGCGUCAAGUUUGACAUCAACAAGUACCAGUAUCUGAUCACAGGUCGAGUGUACGACGGCAAGGUUUACACGGGGCUGUGCAACUUCAACGAGCGGUGGGAGCGUCUGUCAUUGGCCCAGAAGAAAGGCAUCAACCAUCGCUACCAGCUGGGCUGCAACUGCAGGAUUAAGCCCUGCCACUACCUGCCCUGCUUCGUCACCUCAAAGAACGAGUGCCUAUGGACGGACAUGCUGUCCCACUUCGGCUACCCCGGCUACCAGUCCCGGCACUACGCCUGCAUCCAGCAGAAGGAGGGCUACUGCAGCUGGUACCGAGGCAUGACCGCCCGCGAUAAAACCACCAUCAACGCCACCGACCCCUGAACCCAUCCCGAACCCGAAAACCACGUCCCCCGACCUCGUUCCUCCAUCCCUGAUCACUGUUUAGAGUAUUACAGGACUCUUCGACUUUCGCUGGCCUGGGUGAGCGCCCACUUUAUCAAAACAAACAAAAACGGGGACAAAAAAAAAGAGAAAAUCCAUUACAGUGCCUGUUUGUAGCACUUCUAACAGAAAACAAUACUUUUUUUGUUGUUAUACAGAUCACCCUGUAAAUCUAUGAUGUUUUUCCACAAAACAAUCAGUCCAUGCAACGAACUGUCUCUUCAUGGUUCAGCGGUGUUUAAAAGGUGGCAAAGACACAAAAGGCCAAUAAGAAAUGUAAGACUUUGAUCAACCUCUACUGGGAUUUUCAACUAAUCUUCAUAAAUUCAAGAUUUUAGAUGGUAUUAUGGUCAUUUUUCGACCAUCAAGAAUUCUGAAAACUAUAAUUGUUAAAGAAUAAGAUGAAAUAAAAUCAGUGAAAACAACACAAUGUAAAUUAGAGAUUUAAAGUACAGAACGCAGCCAAUAAUCUUCACUUCGUGCCAACAUAUGAGGUAUGAUCUCUGAAAUUUACACCUCUUAUUAGGCUUCUGAAAACGGUAUUGUUUCACAGUGAAGUACACAUUGAUUAUGUUCAGUUUCUGCUGUAACGUGUCUUUAUGAUGGUAGAAUCUCUACUUCCCUGAGUGUUUGUAGCGUAACUCAUUUUGCAGUUGCACUGAGAAAAACAAACAAAAAGAAAUAUAAUGUAGUGCCGAUGCAGGGAAGAGCUUGCAGAGAAAGUGAUAUUUUAUUUUCUGCUGUACAUAACAUAAGCUACAGAAAUCAACUCAGCUGAAACCUCUGUAAUACAUUUAUUUAUAUGUUUAUUGGAUUACACAGUAACCGUGUUAUAUAUGUGCCGAAUAGAAUAUAUCUAUAUCUAUCUAUAUAUCUAUAUCUAUAUCUAUAUCUAUAUCUAUAUAUAUAUAUAUAUAUAUCUAUAUAUAUAUAUAUAUAUAUAUAUAUAUAUAUAUAUAUAUAUAUAUAUAUAUAUAUAUAUAUAUAUAUACAUAUAUAUAUAUAGACACAGGCCAAAACUACAUUGUGAAAACCAGCGCAGCAUGUUUAAACCAUCCACAAUGAAGGACCAGCAUCUGCAAGUUCAAUAUUUUAUGGUACUUUUUUUUUUUUGUGCUUGAUCACAGUUCCCCCGACUGGUACCAAUAGUCCAAUAAAAGAGGAGUAAAAGCAGAGGUUUCAGAGAGAUAUGAAAUAUUUUGUAAGUGUAUAUUCAAUCUUUGUAUUUAACUAUUUGAAAUGGACAUUAUAUAUAUAUAAAUGAAAGUAACAAUAUUGUCACUAAAUUCAUUCUUUACCUGUUCCCAUCAAGGGUUUUUUCUCUUAUUUCCCUUCAGUUCAUUCCAUUCAUGGACACAGACUCGCUUCGAACAGAGAAACGGCCACUUUGUUGCUUUUUCUAAAAGAGUAUUAAAAAUUGCUGCUUUGACCAAGUUAGUUUUUGAAGACUAACAGGGAAUACAGACUGAAAAUUUGUAGUUAAACAUGAUUAAUCACAAAUUUAUCACAACUUACAGCUGUCUGUUGUUUUGUGCACCAUGCAUCCAUUUUAAUUUCACUGUCACUCUAUUUUGCACAUCUGUAAAACAUCGCAUUAGGUCUCUAUUAUGUUUUCUUGACAUUCAGAAAUGUUAAUUGAUAUAACUGGCUCUAAUGGCAGCAUUUCCACCUCCAUGAGUACGGGUGACGUAAAAUGUUGUCUUCUCCAAAAUCCACAAGAGUCCGCGAUAUGGAUGUUAAGAGUUAAUUGUAUAUUGAUUAAUUGUUGUUUAAUUUAUUAAAAUACAGGCAGAAGAAGUAGAACAAAGUUUAACUAUCAGAAAAUGCUACAGAUUUGCUGUAGUACCUGGUUUUGCCACUAGGUUUUACAGUUUGGUAAAAUGGAGUUACAUGUGUGUUUGACGACUGCCCGUAAGAGUCGCAUGAAAAGUAUUAAAAAUAGAGAGAUUUUCUGGACUGACAUAGUUACUGCAACAGUAUUUGUGGACUUCUGUGAAACUGGAACCACUUUGAAGAGAAUAAUAACGUUAGAAGUUAUUUACUGUGGAAUGCUGCAGCUUGUUUUGCGCUACAAUCCUCAGGGGUUAAAAACUGUUUUAUUAGCAAACGGAAAAGCAUCCGUUGCACUUCAUUCAUUUGAUUUGCAUGGAUUUGGAUUCCAACUACACAUUCACUAUUUCUAAAAAAUAAACAUCAGAAUAGAAAUAAAAUCUUAAAGACAUAAUUUAUUUUUAACUGCUUAAAAGUGAGAUUAUUAUCGCAUUAACUUCAACAGCCCCAAUAGGAAGUGUUAAAACAGUUUGGGAAAUAUGUUUGUUUGUUUGAUUAGAUAAGAAAAUUGUUCCAUUUGUGUCUAAAUUUAAACCUUGAGACAGCUUUCAAUUAGCUUAGCUUAGCUUACAGUAUGUUACUGAUACUGUAAGCUAAGUUACAGUAGCAUACAAGGAAACAGAUUUAUGGCAAUAAAAUCUGCCUGCCAGUGCGUCCUUCAAAUAUUUAUGAGUAACACCAACAAACAUGUUAGGUACACUAAGUCUUGUAGUUUUUAUGCUUACUUAAAUUUUAUUCCUUUACUUACAAUGUGACAAAAACUCAGUAUUUUCCCAUUUUUGUGAAAAUGUUUUGUCCACCAGCUGAAGACAGAUAAAUCAGAUCCAACUGAACUUCUGAUUAGUCUCCAGCUUGGCAAUACUAAAAAUACACUAAAAUCCAAGAAAAAAUGCAAACAACUUUCCAAAACUUCCCAUUUCUGUCUUUGUAUGGGACACUGAGGCUGUUCCUCCAGAUGUGGCGUUUCUGUGUCAUUAUUUCUGUGGUUCAUGUUCGUGUAAAUAUACUGCCUGCUUAACACAGAAACACUCGGUCAAGUUUGAUCCUUUCAGAGAAAAAUAAGAAAAAUUCAAUCAAGGAAGCUGUGUACAGUCUGUGUUUAAACACUGAUUCCUGAACUGUGUGGGUGGGGGUGUUUCCUUGUAGGGGUAAUAGAAAUGUUUGACUUAAUUUCUGUGUUUUAUAUUUUUAUAAUAAAGAUUUAAUGAAAACGGGC